ACGGAUAAGAUCCGAAACAGUGAAAAAUGGCGCUCUUUUCGGUUAACCUUGCGCUCCAACUAUUGGGAAUAAUAAUAGCCAUAGUCUGUGCAGCAUAUAUUUACCUCAAGCAUGUAGCCUACAACUACUGGAGUUCCAGAGGAAUUGCACAACUGGAACCAAUAGUGCCGAUCGGUGACUUGUGGCCACUAUUGUCGGGGAAGAGAUCAAUCGGUCAAUUGAUGCGCGACGGUUAUUUUCGUCUAAGAAAGAAGCGAAUUUUCGGCAUCUACUCAUUCCACAAGCCAAACCUGGUGAUCUGCGAUCCUGACGUACUCCGGUUCGUCCUGACGAAGGAAUUUCCGCGAUUCCAAGACCGUGGUAUGUUCAGUGACGAGAAGCUCGACCCGAUGUCGGGUAACCUGUUCCUGACGGGUGGACCAAAGUGGCGGCACCUCAGGGUGAAGUUCUCGCCGACGUUCACGUCCGGCAAGAUAAAGCACAUGUUCACAAUCGUCAAGGAGAUAUCUGACAAUCUCGACAAGCGUCUGACCUACGAGGCGAAACAGAACGACCUUGUCGAGAUCAAGGAUCUUAUGGCAAGGUUCUCCACCGAUGUGAUAGCGACCGUGGCCUUCGGGAUCGAUUGCAACAGCUUGGAGGAUCCCGACGCAGAGUUUCGUGCUUGGGGACGAAAGUUCUUGGAGCCGAAUCCGCUCAAGAACGCGUUAAUGGCACUUUGUCCCUCCGUAUUGCAGACAUUGAAGAUUCCGUUCUUCGACAAGGGGGCCUCCGACUUCAUCCUGAACGCGUUUACCGACACCGUUAACUACAGGACAGCCAACAAUGUGGUGAGAAGGGACUUCCUGCAGCUUGCUAUGCAGUUGAUAAACACGGGAUACGUACAAGGCGACGACGAGGACCAUAAGGAAACGACUCAGAACUCAGUGAACGCCAUCGAUAAAAUCACGAUGCUGGAAGGAGCGGCGCAAGCUUUUGCGUUCUGGGUUGGUGGAUUCGAAACCUCGUCUUCUACAGCGACUCACUGCCUCUACGAAAUGGCCCUGAAUCAGGACAUUCAGGAAAAACUGUCCAAUGAGAUAAAUACAGUACUGGAGAAAUUCAGAGGCUUGACCUACGACAGCAUAAGCGAGAUGACUUAUCUUCACAAAGUUGUCUCAGAGACCCUUAGGAAGUAUCCUUCAGUUCCCAUCCUGAACAGAGAGUGCAAUCAGGACACUAAGCUACUCGACACUGGCCUGGUGGUCGAAAAAGGAACCCCGAUCCUCAUUCCAGUUAUGGGUAUCCAUUGGGACCCCGACAUUUAUCCUUCCCCAGAGAAAUUCGAUCCGGAACGUUUCACGGAGGAGAACAUCGCCAAGAGGCACCGUUACGCUUACCUAGCCUUUGGCGAAGGGCCCAGAAAUUGCAUCGGUAUGCGAUUCGGUUACCUUCAAACUAAAAUCGGACUCAUCACUCUGCUCUCAAAGUAUCGUUUCAAACCAGGUCCUGACACAAAAGUACCACUGCCUGCGGACACGGGAAACUUUUUACACAUGCCACUCGGUGGAGUGAUGCUACGAGUCGAAGAAAGAAACUAGAAGAUUAAAAACAUUUAUCAUCACACUUGGCUAUUUUAUUUUUUUACAAAUUUCGCAAUUUUUUUUUCCCUCCAUUCUACAAGCAGUACUAAUUAACCUACCUCUCACGUUGGACAACU